UAGUGAUGUUCUAAAUAAUUUCGCUAUAAAAGGCAAACUGCUAAAACUGCAAUUCAUUUUUAACGGGGAACAACUCGGUUAUUAUGACGAUGCAAUUCCUGCUACUGGGGCUUUGUGUGGCGGUGACGGCCGCACAGACGCUCGACUGCGGACGUGCGUUUCCGCAAGCCGGCAUCUCCCGGAACUACAACGAAACGAUCGCGCACGCCAUUCAUGCUAUGACGGUGACCGGCCUGAAAAUCUUCAACCCCAAAGCGACGGCUGUAAACUACGUUCCAACCGUCAAUCAGGAUCUUAACCAACCGGAAACGGUCCUAGCCCACGCACCGGAAGUUCCCCUCGGAAACGACUUCAGCACGCUCACUAUGAACAUCGUGGACAACAUUCUUUCGACACUUGGUAACUCCAAGGACGGCCUUGGUCCCCAUUGGUCGCCAGUGGAACGUGUCGCUCACGUGUUCCAUAUGUGGGACCUCUGGUACAAAGUGCGCGAGUCCGCAUCGCCGGAAGUGGAGAAAAAUCCGCCAUCUGACGACGUCUGCAUAUGCCUCGCCUCCACAGAUGUGAACGGCAUCAAGCGCGCGGUCGGCUGGGUUGCGGACCACUACAAGACCGGCACCCCGAUCACGCUUCUGAACCGCCCGAUCCCGAAACUCGCGGACGCGGCCUCCUGGGCAGUGUGGAAGGACCGUCUACUUCACUAUUAUACCCCAGAGGCGCUGAGGGACGCUGCCAUGUACUUACACUGUAUGUCAAAAUUCUGGUGAUUGCUGCAGGACGGGCGAACGGACGGAUUGAUUUUGCUUGUCAGUUUUGAUACAAAAUAAACCAUAUUUGAUAA